AUGAAAGCAACCUUUCCAUGCAUCUUCCUCGUCAUUCUCACAGUCUUACUGGCGACUCCAGUAAUGGGUUGGUUCAAAGAAAAAAGCGCACCGGUGGCGCCGGAUCCUUUGGUCAAGGGAUGGACAUUGGGCCCUGGAUUAUCAAAAGAUGAUCCUGAGGCGCAUCUGAUCAUCGCGAAUGGACACGGCCUCAAAUUUCAUCCCAGUGGAUCAGGAAAAUGGAUGGUGGAGAAUGAAUUCAAGCGCAGGAUUCUCAUUAGGGUCCACAUCAAAGACAACGAUGGAAAACUUAUACACUUUAAUGUCACUUUGGGCGCCCGAACCUACUAUACUAAUCUAGACAUACCCCACUCCAAAGGCCUGAUAGUAGAUAUUGACAGCUUCCAAUUGUGCUCAAAAUAG